AUGGAGCGGGUCAAUAGGACAGAGAUCUCUGAGUUCUUUCUGAAAGGAUUUUCUGGUUACCCAGCCCUGGAGCACCUGCUCUUCCCUCUGUGCUCAACCAUGUACCUGGUGACCCUGCUGGGGAACACAGCCAUCGUGGCAGUGAGUGUCCUGGACGUCCGCCUGCACACGCCCAUGUACUUCUUCCUGGGCAACCUCUCUAUCCUGGACACCUGCUACACGUCUACCUUUGUGCCUCUGAUGCUGGUCCACCUCCUGUCAGCCCAGAAGACUAUCUCCUUUACUGGCUGCGCAAUCCAGAUGUGUCUGAGCCUCUCCACAGGCUCCACAGAGUGUCUGCUUCUUGCCAUCAUGGCCUAUGAUCGCUACCUGGCCAUUUGCCGGCCACUCAGGUACCCCGUGCUCAUGAGCCCCCGGCUCUGCUUGUCGUUGGUGGGAACCGCUUGGGUCCUCUGUCUCUUCAAGUCAGUGACUGAGACAGUCAUUGCCAUGAGGCUGUCCUUCUGCGGCCACAAUGUGGUUAGUCACUUCACCUGUGAGAUCCUGGCAGUGCUGAAGCUGGCAUUCAGUGACACCUCUGUCAGUGAAGUCUUCCUGCUGGUGGGGGCCAUCCUGCUGCUGCCUAUACUGGCAUUCGUCUGCCUGUCCUACACACUUAUCCUGGCCACCGUCCUGAGAGUGCCCUCAGCUGCCGGACGCCGCAAAGCCUUCUCCACCUGCUCAGCGCACCUGGCUGUGGUGAUGCUUUUCUACGGCACCGUCAUAUUCAUGUACCUGAAACCCAAGAGCAAGGAGGCCCGCAUCUCUGAUGAGGUCUUCACGGUCCUCUAUGCCGUGGUCACGCCCAUGCUGAACCCUGUCAUCUAUAGCUUGAGGAACAAGGAGGUGAGGGAGGCUGCCAAGAAAGUGUGGGGUAGGAGUUGGACGUCCCAGUGA